AUGGGUGAUGAAGGUUCUAUUCAAGAUUUGGAAGUUGAAUGGAAUGAUUUUUUAAUGAAAUUUCAUGCAGAAAAGGACAAUGUUAAACAACGUUUACGUAAAGUUGAUCUUUUUCCUGAAAAAAAUCUUGUGUGUUUUGUUCUUUAUAAUGUAUUUUCACCAGAUGAAUGUCAAUUUCUUAUUGAUUCAAUAGAAAAGAUUGGUUUUAAUAAACUUUUGUAUGGAGAAAAUUAUCGAACAAAUACAAGAACUCAAAUAACACAACGAAGUCUUGCCGAUGAAUUUUUUCUUCGUGUAGAAGAUUUUCUACCAAAACAAUGGCCUGGUGGAAAAAAUACUUCACAUUGGGAAUUAAUGAAUCUUAAUGAACGUAUAAGAAUAUGCCGAUAUGAACCAGGUCAAUAUUUUGCUCCUCAUUUCGAUGGAAUUUUUAAACGAUCUUAUAUGGAACAAAGUCAAAUGACAAUCAUGGCAUAUCUUAAUGAUUCAUUUACUGGUGGUAAUACUAAUUUUCUUGAUGAUAAUAUUAAAUCACAUCCAAUUACCUAUGCAUUAAAACCUGAAACUGGAAUGGUUUUAAUCUUUCAACAUGAAAUGUAUCAUGAAGGUGAAGCAUUAUUAACUGGAAAAAAUGAUGUGAUGUAUAAAAGAAUAUUAAUCCAACCACUGUCUAAAGAAGAACAAGAAGCAAGACAAUUACUUGCUCAAGCUGAACAAUAUGAAGAUCAAUCAAAUCAUGACGAAGCUUGUAAAUGUUAUCGAAAAGCAUAUAAAUUAUGGCCAGAUUUAGAAAAAGAGUUUGGCAAAUAA